AUGUUCCAUGUUUCUUUUAGGUAUAUCUUUGGAAUUCCUCCCCUGAUCCUUGUUCUGUUGCCAGUAGCAUCUUCUGAUUGUGAUAUUGAAGGCAAAGACGGCAGAGAGUAUCAGCACGUUCUAAUGAUCAGCAUCAAUGACUUGGACAUCAUGAUAAAAAAUCGUACCAAUUGCUCGAAUAAUGAACCUAACAUUUUAAAAAAACAUGCAUGUGAUGAUAAUAAGGAAGGUAUGUUUUUAUAUCGUGCUGCUCACAAGUUGAAGCAAUUUGUUAAAGUGAAUAACAGUGAGGAUUUCAAUCUCCACUUAUCAAGAGUUUCACAGGGCACAUUACAAUUGUUGAACUGUACUCCCAAGGAAGACAAUAAAUCUUUAAAGGAACAGAGAAAACAGAAGAGCUUGUGUUCCCUAGGGAUACUACUACAAAAGAUAAAAACUUGUUGGAACAAAAUUUUGAGGGGCUCUAAAGAACAUUGA